CCCCUCCUCCCUGCCCCCUUCCCCCCGGGACCUGCCCAUCACCGGCUGCAGCGGGGCCUGUCCGGCCUGCCGCUGGGCACGGCCGACCCGCUCCCCCCGCCGCCCAACUAAACCAAACCAAACCCCAAGUAGAGGUGGCGGGCGAGCUCCAUGACGCCGGGCAGCUGGCCGCCCCCGCCCGGGCUAACAGGGGUAAGAGGGAGGCCGUCCUGCCAAGUGCGGGCCCCUCCCACCAAUAACCAUCGCCGGCCCCGUGCUAUUUGGGAAGCGCUUACCAGGUGCUCAACACUGCGCUAAGCGCCGAGACUUGAGGUUAAUUUGAAAAUGAAUAAAUUGAAGAAACUUCCUGCCGAGCAGACAGCCAGCCUUGAAAAAUUCAGCCCCGACGUCCUGGCUGAUAUUUCCGAACUCUUUUCGAAGAGGUUUUCGUACACCAAACCCCCCGACGACGCGUGGCGCUUACCGGAUUCCGGUGACGCGUUCACCCAGGACCACGAGGAAUUCAACUCGCUCCUCGUUUUAAAGGACUCCCUGAACGAAGUGAAAAAUCUGUUGAGCGAUAAGAAAUUGGACGAGUGGCAUCAGCACACGUCCUUCACCAAUAAAGCGGGGAAAAUCAUUCCUCACGUGAAGAAAUCUGUGAAUGCCGAACUGUGCACACAGGCUUGGUGCAAAUUCCAUGAAAUCCUAUGUAGUUUCCCCCUCAUUCCCCAAGAAGCUUUUCAGAAUGGCGAGCUAAAUUCGGUGCACCUCUGCGAAGCCCCCGGCGCGUUCAUAGCGAGUCUCAACCACUAUUUAAAGUCUCAUCACAUCCCCUGUGACUGGAACUGGGUAGCCAACACCCUCAAUCCGUACCAUGAGGCCAACGACAACGUCACGAUGAUUAUGGAUGACCGGCUCAUCGCCGACACCUUGCCCAGGUGGUACUUCGGCCCGGAGAACACUGGUGACGUCAUGACACUGAAACACCUGUCGGGACUUCAACGUUUCGUAGGCGACAUGGCCACGGUUCACCUGGUGACGGCCGACGGCAGUUUCGAUUGCCAAGGAAAUCCAGGGGAGCAGGAAGCUCUGGUCUCUCCUUUACACUACUGCGAAGUAGUCACCGCCCUGAUGAUUCUAGGGAGCGGAGGGUCCUUGGUCCUGAAGAUGUUCACUCUUUUCGAGCACUGUUCCGUCAAUCUGCUGUACCUUUUGAACUGUUCCUUCGAGGAGGUUCACGUCUUCAAACCCGGAACUAGCAAGGCUGGGAACUCAGAAGUCUAUGUGGUGUGCCUGAACUUUUUGGGCAGAGAAGCUAUCCAUCCUCUCUUAACCAAGAUGAUGCAGAAUUUCGAAGCCGAGAAGGUCGGCAAAGCCCUCUUCCCCCGACACGCGAUUCCGGGAUCGUUUCUUAAGUGUCACGAGGAAUGCUGUGCCUUCUUUCAUAGGUCUCAGUUAGAGACCAUUUCCGAAAACAUCCGCCUGUUCGAGAGCAUGGGAGAAGAAGAGCAAGCGAAGCUGAAUGAUUUAAGGGACUGUGCCGUAGAAGUCUUCAUGCUGAAGUUCCAAGUGAAACCUCUUGCCCGGAGCAACUGGCUGGUGAAAAAAUCGAACAUCGGUUGCAGCGUGAACACAAAAUGGUUUCGGCAGCGGAACAGAUACUUCGGGACCUAUAAUGAGAGGAAGAUGCUGGAAACCCUUUCCUGGGCCGACAAGUUGGCCAAAGGUUACUUCGACCGUUGGGUCGAAGAGCACGCUUUAAUCAGUUCUGGGCAAAGCUGUAUUUUAGAAGGGUCCCCUUCUGAUCUCCAGUGCCACUCGUGGUCCGUCUUAGAGGGAGAGAAGCUGCCCAGGGUAAAAUGUUCUCCUUUCUGUGACGGCGAGAUAUUGAAGACCCUCAAUGAAGCCCUCGAGAAGUCAUUCGGCGAUGCCUCGUCCCUCGGACGAAAGGGGCCACCCUGUCGUUCUUGCCGCGUUCUUUCCGGAGACCUGGUUUUCUCCGAGUUACUGAACCUCACCCCGAGCCUUCCGGACAGUUCGGCCGAAGGAACGGGCGCACGGAUCAAGUGCGUGGUGGUGGGUUUGCCAUCUCUCUGUGACGUCAAAUCCCGCGUGUACGCGGAGGUUAGACUCCUGGAUUCUGCCCCGCUCCUGCCUUUCAGCUGUUCCCUGCUUCACGACGGAGAACCGAGGUAUCAGCGGCAGCUUCUAGACUGCCUCCUGUGCUCGUUGCCACAGCUGCAUCCGGGCGAUGCUUUGAUUUUGCCUGUGCUGUCCUGUUUUACCCGAUUCUCUGCCGGCCUGGUCUUUAUCCUGCACCACUGCUUCGGCAGCAUCGCGUUUGCUUGCCCCGUAUCUUCUGAGCCCCUGGGGAGCUGUGCGGUACUGUUGUGUGUCGGCUAUCGGGCGCUCCCGAGUCCAGUUGUCCGGUACCUGCGGAACCUGAGCCAACUGACCCGUGACUUAAUCGACUCGGACGCGUCUCGGCAGGUUUUACAGUUUGUCCCGAUGGAGGCCGUCCUGAAGGGAGCCCUGCUAGAGUUUCUGUGGGAUUUGAACACUGCCAUUGCCAAAAGGCAGCUGCAUCUGAUCGUUCAAGGACAGCAGCAGGACGAGGCCAGCCGUCUUCGAUUAUAAAACCGCAUCCUUAACUUUCAUUUCAGAAAAUUCCCUUUGCCGGAGUGGGGGGCGGCGACCAAAAUUUUUCUACUUCUCACCUCAUCUUGACACUUGGGAGACUUCAGUAAGGAGAAGGGGCCACCUUUGGCAUAAUUCGGGGUCCUCAUUUCCACGAGACUGUCGUCGGGCUCCGGUCCUAUUUAUCGAGCGCUUACUGUCUGUAGAGCAGUGUCCUAAACGCUUGGGAGAGUAUACGAUAAUGGUUUGUAGGCAAUUCCUUGCCCACAGUGAACUUUCAGUCUGCCCCUAGACUUGGCGGGCGGGGGGGGGGCGGUUCUCCAGCGGGUGGAGAUUUGGAGGUGAAAUGAAAUUCAGCCCUAGGCGUGGAAAAGAGGCGUUCUCUGUGGCUAGACUCAUAGCUCGUCCCUGUAGACCGAAAGCUCACUGUGGGCAGGGAAUGUGUCUGUUCAUUGUUGUAUUGGACUCUCUCAACCUUAGUACGGUGCGCGGUACUAAUACGACUGAGUAUAAUAAAUACGAUCGAACGCUGA